UAAGCUGACCGGUGUUCCUCUCAGACUCCGCUGGUUCUUCCUUGUCCUCGUUGGUGCAUCAUGCAUCCUACAGGCCUGUGCUGUGAGUGGCUGCUCUUGCUCCUCUGCCCUUGCCUCACCUUCACUGCUGCUCUCCACUCAGUACACUGUGCCCCAUGCACGGAAGAGAAGCUUGCCUUGUGCCCACCGGUGCCUGCCAGCUGCCCUGAAACUGCUCGUCAGCCCGGCUGUGGCUGCUGCCACACCUGUGCCCUCCAGACAGGGGAGCCCUGUGGAGUAUACACAGCACGCUGUGGUCAAGGGCUCAGCUGCCGUGUGCGCCCAGGAGAACCCAGGCCACUAUAUGCCCUCACCCACGGGCAGGGCACUUGCCUACCCACCACCGACACCACAGAGAUGACAGAGUCUGUGGAAACAGAAGAUAUGCCCACAGAAGGCACUGAAAUGACAGCUGAUCAACUGUUCAGCUACCAGCUGAUGUUCCCCAUAGGCCAGGAUAAGUCUGUUCCUUGGAAUGCCAUCAGUGCCUAUGAAAGCAUGAAAGCAAAGAGACUUUCUGAACACAAGAAAUGGAAGGAGCAGGGUCCAUGUCAAAGGGAACUCUACAGGGCACUGGAUAAGAUAGCAAAAGCUCAACAGAGAACUGGAGGAGAGAUCUACAGAUUCUAUUUACCCAACUGUAAUAAGAAUGGAUUUUACCACAGCAAGCAGUGUGAAACUGCACUUGAUGGAAGUCCUGCAGGAUGCUGGUGUGUCUAUCCGAAAAAUGGGAAGAGGAUUGCUGGUUCCCCUGAAAUACCAGGUGACUCUGAAUGUGAACAAUAUCUCAGCUCACAAGAAUAAGACCAACUAUGCAACUAUUUUUAUACACGUAGAUCACAAAUCUCUUGCAAGUCAAAUGCCUGAUUCUGGAACCAAGGGCACCAUCACUCUUCAGGUUUUUUAAGCAUGUAACUAAUCAAACAGCCCAAUCCUACGUAUGCCUAAUCAGAAAUAAAGUCACAUUGAUUCCAACAGGACUUACUCCAAGUAAGUGCACACAGGAUUGUGACCUUCAUGUGAUUCCACCAUUGGUGUCUGGGAAAGUCCUAAAAAUUGUGUCUAAGUCCAUGCUUAAAGACCGGCACAGGUUAUGAAGUGGAAGUAACUGGGCCUUUAUACUUCCUCAUGAAUAAGUACAGUAGAUGAUAAAAUGAGCUGCUUUUGUAGUUUAUCCAAUAUUGCCUGAUAUGUAAGUCUGCUGAAUUAUUUAUUGUACACAUUUUUAUUUUAUUUUAUAUGUGUUAUUAACUUAUAUAUAUCUACAUUCUUAAACACUUCAGAACUUUGUAUGUAAAUACGUUAAUAUUGUUUCUCUGAAAAUAUGCACUUUUCCUGUUUAUAAAGAGCACAAUAUAUUAGUUAAGAUAAUGGAAAACAUUUGGAGAAAAUAGCUUCUCAACCAAGAGUUUUGUAUCAUGUAUUUAUGUUAUUUGGAAGCUUAGUAUGGAAAUGAACUUGAGAUAGAACCUAGUUCAAAUGUUUAUUUAAAAGCCUGUUUUGUUUGUAUAUGUUGGUUCUGAACCUCUAUCCAUGUCACUAUUCAUUUCAAUGUCAAGGAGUUCUACAUCUGCAUACUGUCGUGAAAAGGGUACUCUUCACAGACAUGCCCCAGGAGCUGAUUCCAUGGGGGCGGGGUCUAAGCAAUCAGCCCCACCCAGCUGGUUGUGUUGAGCCCCACAUGUGCUCCUGCCACGUGGGUCUGCAUCACAGUCAAUCAGUUCCCAUGCUGCCAGGCAUACAUGUGAAGAGCACCAUAUGAUAAGAGAAAACUUGUUUCUGUUUUCCUCACCAUGCACUGCUUUUAUAUAGCAAAAAGUUAAACAAAAUUAAUAAACUGCAAAAUAUAACCUUUAUCAGGUGUAAAUUUUCACAAGUUGACCUUGUCUUUUUAUUGAAUAAUUAUAUGAAUAAUUAAAUCAUUUUCUUCAGA